CAGCCCCAAGACAGCCCUUUAUUAUACCUACAGCUCGUCACCCGUAGAAGUUUUUUCGAAAAAAGCUGCCCCCCGUCCGUUGCCGGUAGCAUGCCAGCACAUCGUGCAGCUUGGGUGAGGUGGAGAAAAGCCCGGCGGCCUGGUGGGAUUUAAAACCUCGAGGGACACCUCUGAACAUCGUGAACACAAGUUCAACGGAACCUUGUCGACAUAGCUUUUUUAUAUCGCCAUGUUCAACAACAUAGAUCGACCCACCUCUUGGACCCAGACGAUGCGGCUCUUCGACAACCACACAAACCUAAGAGACCACCGCGGCCAAAUCCUUGUGUCAUGCUCGACUGCCCCCCGCCAUCCAAUGCCAUUGGUACAAUUCGCUCACUGACGCAGCCAAUGCCGACGCCAGAACUGGGUCCUGUCGAUGGGGCCACAAGAAGUCCAACCGGACCGCUUCCGACGUCCAACUCUAGUUCGACGACUUAGACCGACGACAAUGCAACUGUUUUUGUUUACUUGAUGAUGCGACUCGACACAUGCGGACUUCAAAGGUCGGGGGAUCACGAGUCGAUAAGCGGCAGCUCCAUUUUUGGGCAGAAAAAAACGAGGACGUUGGGUUGAAAUCUGAUCUGUCUGCGAGUGCAGCAAGCCCCCAGCCUAUGGGAUCCUGCCGCUCACUUCCCCAGAUGGCUGCAUCCUAUCAUGGACAUGUGCGAGACAGCCAAAAGGAGGGUCAGGUGCAGCUGCUGCAUGUCGCUUGGACUCGCGCGCAUUUGCAUCCACGCAUCCCACCGGCUAGCUAAGCUGAACCGUCGCCUCCCGACGGCGCCUGUCACGGUUGGCGAUCGAUUUAGAGGGGGCAGAUGGAUGGAGGCAUGUUGCGCACGCGGCGGCAGCUCGUUGCUUCUGAUGAGAGCUGAAGAACACCACCCUUCUGCUUAGAGGGAGAGAUCGUGGGAUAUCAGAUCGCCGUUUGGCCGGCAGCCAUCAGAAAUGACAGCAUGCUGGCGGCCCACCAAAACAGGGAAGCAAGGUGAGAUGAGAAGGUGGGAGUGCGUUCGCGCAACCACACAUCUUGCGCCAAUCUUGCGGGCUCCAAGUCGGAGCAACUGAGGCGUCUUUUUUAUCGUUUAUCUCCAUAUCAUUACUGCAUACAGGCGAGAGGGAUGCGCUCGGCUGGCUCGUUUUUGUCUUUCAGCCGAAGACAUAUCCACAGCACUUAUGCUCGAUAUGCCCUUUCCGAUAUGGUAUAGGUGUUUUGAAUAGGCAUGCCGCCAACGCGGGUGGGAUCUAGGUCGAGGUCCACACACCCACCAUCCGCCAUCCCGGGGGGGGGGGGGGUGGUGAGGAGGUAGUCAUUUGAUCGCGCUGCUGCAUCUGCAAGUUGCAAUUGUUGUGGCACAUCCUGGCGUGUUAUUGCUGGGGAGCUGCGCACCUGCGCGACACAAGAAGUUCAAGGUCGGCUCCGACCUGGGCGCGGCGAGAGGAGAAGAGGAGAAAGAGGAGAAUGUUGAAGUCAUCAGCAGGCAUUCAGGAAGAAAGGAUGGUGGCAUGGCAGCAUGGCAAGCAUGUGUGCUCGGACCCUGCCCGCUCUGCAAAAAGGCCGCCAUGGAGAAAGACCGGGGCUAACAGAGGGGCGCCGUGAAACCCAAGCAAAGAGACGCGGGAGCAAUUCGAAGCGCGCGUCUCUCUUCCCAUUGCCGCCCCCAAAACCCGCAAGCUACCCUCUGCACCAUUCGACUUUCUGGCUUGUGAGCGUCUUGAAGUUGCCCCGAUGUCUUCUUGGUGCUCGGCGGCAUCUCUGCGCUGACUGUCCUGUCUCCAUAUUCCACUGCGGAUACGGAUUCAAACACUCGUUUAAAUCGUUUCUUCUUGUUCUUUCGUUUAUGAUUUCUCUUAUUGACACCUCAUCACUCAUCACUCAUCGCUCACCAUUCAUCAUCCGUCACUGGGGCGCGCUGUGUUUCUUCCAAACAUAGACGCUUUGCCACUUCUGCUUGCUACUGCUGCUUGCUACUGUCUGCUGCUGCGACCCGUACCAGGCCACUCUCAACUGAUCACGAGCAGCUCCAGUUUCCCCGGGGGUGAGCUGUCAUAUUGCGCCUGUCAAAUGACUGGCCACCCAGCCUAUGGCAUAUUUCUUCCCUUCUUCGCCUUCUUUUCUUUGACGGAAUCGGAUAGCUGGGUUAGGGCCUAAUCAUGGACUCCUCCUUUACUGACGACGAAAAGCGCUUCGUUCUUGCCGAAAUCAUCAAGGCCAGCCGCAUGGAUGUUGGUGUUCUCGUCAACUUAAUCAGGUCGCAUGAUAUUCAGCCCGACUGGUUGUCGAUGCAGCUCCCUCGUGGUCGAAAUGUGAACCAGUGUAUUCAUGCGGCGGAGGCCAUGUUCAACGCCCCGAUGCCUCCGCCUUUGAUAUCGCCCUUGAAGCGAAAGUCGUUCGGCGAUGUCAGUGAUCAGCUUCCAAAGAGACAGGUGCUUGCGUCCCCUAGCGAACCUCCACCUCACGGAUCGCCCUACCAUGCGACGCCAGCCUUUGCGCAGCAUCACGUCAACAUCCAUCAUCCUAACGGGCAACCGACUGUUGCCCUUGCUCCUAAUCCGAACACCGUCCCUGCCUCGGCGCCGACCCCAUAUCCAGGGCCUCCUCGCAGACGUGGGCGGCCUCCAAAGUCAGAAAACCGAUCGGGUCACUGGCAGAUCACAACUUCUUAUCCAAACAUCACCCCAGCGCCUAUCGCACCUGCUCCAGCUCCAGCCCCAGCUUCAGCGCCCCAGCCAAGCAGUCCAAGCUUCCGAGCCCAAGCACCGAUAGCUCCAGCUCCGGCUCCAACUUCAGCUCCAGCACAAGCCGCGACCUCGGCACCACAGCCAAACAGCCCGAGCUUCCGCGUACAGCCGUAUAAUAAUCGAUACUCGAUGCCUGCCGGGCCUCUGGAUUCAAAAUCUGGAAAGAAGCUCUUGCCCGAGAUAGCCCCUCGUCCAACGCAUGGCACUUCGGGGUUGGAACAACCUGUCAGAUCGCCCACAAGGCCGGUAUCAGAAUAUCAAGAUCGGAGGGAAGACAUACACCGACUGCCACCACCGCAAGCUCAAGGGCCCCCAAGACACGCGAUGCGGGAUCCUCCACUGCUGCCACCACCACAGAGCCCACGCUCGCAUCCUCAUCCGCCACCACGCCACAUGAUGGACGCUUCACGACCACGAGAGACACCACCACCGACGCCCAUGGAGCCGGUAAAGCACGAGAGCCAUCUACCGCCACCACCCACGAAGACAUGACGGCAGUCAGUACCAGCUGUUCGACCAAACACAUGAAGAGAAGACAAGCUACGAAAAGGCAGCAUUUUUGACAGCAAAGUUCUUUUCAAUAUGAGGAGGCGACGACAGCAGAGACACGCAAGAGUUAUUUUCUUUUUUUGCAAAAUCCCGAAGAGGGGGCUGGGGGCGGUCUUAUAUGAAUUAUCUAGCCGCAGCAUACGAUGAUGGCACGACAGGACACUUACAACCACGCUACUACAAACACACCACCGGAGCACGACAUGCGUUCGAGCAGUUACUUUUCUUUGGACGCCUUUCCUUUACACUUGACUACGAGUCUAACCAACCUAAUGCUGUACGACAAAAACACAGACGGCAAAGACGUUCCUUUUUUCGACGCCAACUUUUGAUGAACCAUGACACUGACAACAGAAACAUAAUCCAUCCAUAGAGGGAUUUACGGAUACAAAAAGGAGUAUGUACAAGGCUAUGAUGGGCGGUACAACUGACAAAACGUCUUUUUUUUGUUUUUUGUUUCCUUUUCUAUCUUGGGCGAGGUUUUUACUCUUGAUAUUUGAUGUUUCAACACGCGAUUGAACGGCCUUUUUUUGUUGACUGACUAUGCCAUAUUUUUCUUUUUCUCUUGUUAUGUUUGUGAGGAAGGAGUGGGAGGGACCUAAUUGUAAUGAUUGGGAAGAUGAAGGUGAAUGUGGAAUGCGAGGGGGAAGUGGAGAUAUAUAACGUGUAUGAUUAUGAGCGGAUACACA